CAGUCCUAGGCUCUCAGAGGAUAGACGGGAAACCCAGAGUCAGGGAGAACCAGCCAAGACGCAGCAGCAGGAGAGAACAGGUGCCCACCUCCUUCCUUAUUGAAAGUUGAGCCAUGUCCCAAUCUGGGGGACGUGGGAGGAGGCCUGAGAAUCUGGGGCCUUCGUUGCGCAGCAUCCGGCCCUUUAAGUCCAGCGAACAGUACCUGGAAGCCAUGAAGGAGGACCUGGCUGAGUGGCUUCGGGAUCUCUAUGGGCUGGACAUCAACGCGGCCAACUUCCUGCAGGGACUGGAGACGGGCCUGGUGCUGUGCCGGCAUGCCAACACCAUCACCGAGGCCGCCCUGGCUUUCCUGGCUGAGGCACCUGCCAGAGCCGAAAGGAUUCCCAUGCCUCGGGCUGGGGUUUCCUGCAACGGGGCCGCCCAGCCGGGCACCUUCCAGGCCCGGGACAAUGUCUCCAACUUCAUCCAGUGGUGUCGCAAGGAGAUGGGCAUCCAAGAGGUGCUGAUGUUUGAGACCGAGGACUUGGUGCUGCGCAAGAACGUGAAGAACGUGGUGCUGUGCUUGCUGGAGGUGGGCCGCCGAGCCUGGCGCUUCGGAGUUGCGGCGCCCACCCUGGUGCAGCUGGAGGAGGAAAUCGACGAGGAGUUGCGGCAGGAACUGGCCCUGCCCCCGCCCGACCCACCGCCACCUGCGCCCCCCGUGCGCCGGCCCUGCCACUUCCGCAACCUGGACCAGAUGGUUCAGAGUCUCGUGAGCCACUGCACGUGCCCAGUUCAGUUCUCCAUGGUCAAGGUGUCUGAGGGGAAGUACCGUGUAGGGGACUCCAACACCCUCAUCUUUAUCCGGGUCCUCCGGAACCAUGUGAUGGUGCGUGUGGGGGGUGGCUGGGACACACUUGGCCAUUAUCUGGACAAACACGAUCCAUGCCGGUGCACAUCCCUCUCACACAAGGUAGGCAGCUCCCUGAAGACCCCAGUUCCACCGGUGCAGCAUGAAGUGAGGGUGCAGGAUGAGCCCUCGCAGCUACAGCCUACGAUGACCAUCAGCCGCUCCCAGAGCCCACUGUCCCCUGUGGACUGGAAGACAUAUACCUCUUCAGGCAGAAAGCUGAAGCCCCCCACCUCCUCCUCCUCCAGACCCUGCAGUGAAUUGGGAGCAGGGGCAGGGGUGCUCAGAGAGACAGCAACAUUCCUGAGGUGCCAGGAGAAGCCACUCACCCCAUCUCAGAGGCAGCUGCCAGCUGGGGACAGCCCACCCGGUCCACAAUCUUUACCUAUAUAUAGAGGCCAAGACCCACAGUGCAUGUCCUCAGGGAAGAGAGAGGACAGACACCCCCCUGAACUUCCCAGGGGAAGGAUUCCUACACCUUGGCUUCAUGAGGAGACAGACCGCCAGGGAACCCAUGCCAGGGCCCCCACUCCUCAGAGACUCCGAGCUCCUGAGGCCACUGCCAAAGGGACACCAGCAAGAGGACCAUCUCCCCUGCCUCACUACUCCAGCUUAGCCAAGCCCAUGGGCUCCAGGCAGCCACCCCGGGGCGAAGCUGAGGGCACUUCCUCCCAGUUCAGGGAGCCAGCAUCUGUUCGUUCUCCAUCCCCUGUGAAAGGACUCACCAAAAUCCCUGUCUGGAGGUCCCCUGCCCAACCCCCAACUCCAGGAAGAAGUUUUCCACGUACUGCAAGUGGAGGUCCCACAACAGAACAGGGAAGAAGCUCCACCCCACUAAGGGCCAUCACUGGGACCCUGGCUGGGUCUAGACUUGAGAACUGCUCUGUGGGAGGGAGGCAAGGAGACCAGAAGCUAGAUAUCUGGGUGACAGCAGAGGCUGGAGAGUCCCUGGGCCCGGGCCCACAAGACCAGGAGGAAAGGUACAUUCCCCUACCCCUGGAAGGGACCAAGGAGCAAUCCUACCAUAGCCUUGAGGAGGAGCUUUUGGCCAAUGUGAAGCUGCUAAAGGUGGGGGCUGCUCAUUCCCAGAGCCCAAGGUCUGGAGUCAUCCCUCGUAGUGGAGUCUAUGUCCCCAGCCUGGGUGGGCAGUGGCCUGAGCCUGGGGGUCUUUAUGACAAAGUCAUCCAAGAACUGGUUCAGGGCCCGCCACCCCUCAUUAAAGUGGACCUGGGAGCCUGGAAGGCAGCCUCUACAGGCUCCCCUAAGCUGGCUGUUCCUGAAGGCCCAGGAAGCCCAAAAGAGAAACUGGGAGCCAGAGAGAGUGGGCCAUGGACAAAGGCAAGCCUGAGUUCCAAGGGCACCAGGAUAAGGAGGGUCCCAGCUCAAGGAGGGCAGGACUGCUCAGCCUCUACUGUGUCUGCCAGCCUGGAGGACUCCACACCAUCGGCCUUCAACCCCAAUUUUGACAAAGCCAAGGCAUGUCUGGGCAAGGGCAAGAGAACACUCCGGAAGCCCCAGAGAGUACCAUCGAUCUACAAGCUGAAGCUGAGACCCAGAAUUCGGCCCCGGAGAGACCAUAGGCCCGAGAAACAGCCUUCAAGAAUCCCUAAGCCCCUGGCCUACCUCUGCCUGGGUCCAGCCAGGGUGCCCACUAGGGGUAGGCUGGCGAGAGCAACAGUGCUGGGUAGCAAGGGAGGGGAGGCAGCCCAGGUGGACAGAGCCUGGGCAGGGGAGGAGGAGGAAGGAAAGGAGAGGAAAGAGCCAGCGGCCCCUCUAGAGAGCAGCCCUCAGCUUUCAGAGGGCCUGGGGCUUCAGCAGCUUGGUCAAGUUCCACCCUCACCUGAGGAAGAGUCCUGGGUCUGA